AAACAUUAUUGCCUCUUCAGGAAAUUCAGACGGAGCAACUUACCCGCCCGAGAGCGAACAACGCGGCAGUGAAGGAACGACUGAGGAGGAGCCCAGGAUGUCAAACUGGGGGCAAUUUGACCCUGAUUUUUACCAAUCUAAUUAUACCAUCGAUAAUCAAGAGCAGAUUGCUGAUGAUUCUGAAGCCUAUGGAUCUAGAAGACAACCCGCCAGCGAACAAGCUCAGCCUGCCUCUUUUGUUCCACCGGAGAUGCUCAUGACGUCAGGCUACACGGGGCAAUUUUUUCAGCCAGUAUCCAGCUCUGAUUACUAUUCACAGUCUCCUUAUAUAGACAGCUUUGAUGAAGAACCUCCUUUGCUAGAAGAACUUGGAAUCAAUUUUGAUCACAUUUGGCAAAAAACCUUGACGGUAUUAAACCCAAUGAAGCCAGCAGAUGGCAGCAUCAUGAACGAAACGGAUCUUACCGGGCCCAUCCUUUUUUGCAUAGCCCUGGGAGCCACCCUGCUUCUGGCAGGAAAAGUUCAGUUUGGCUACGUAUAUGGUAUGAGUGCCAUUGGCUGCCUUGGGAUUCAUGCCUUGCUGAACCUGAUGAGCUCUUCAGGGGUGUCAUAUGGCUGUGUGGCGAGUGUGCUAGGAUACUGCCUGCUGCCCAUGGUCAUCCUCUCCAGCAGUGCCAUCUUCUUUUCAUUGCAGGGCACCUUUGGGACCGUGGCAGCCUUGGUCAUCAUCGGCUGGUGUAGCCUUUCGGCCUCUAAGAUCUUCAUUUCUGCCUUAGACAUGGAAGGACAGCAGCUUCUCGUUGCCUACCCUUGUGCCUUACUUUAUGGACUGUUUGCUCUCCUGACAGUUUUUUGAAGACUGUUUGAGAAGGUGUUGCAAUUUUCAGUUUGUUUGCUGUACAAAUUAUCCUGGAAAUGUGUUAGCAUUCAAAUUUGGUGAUAUGUUUCUCUUUUUAUUGCUGUUGAGAGAGUAACAAGCAAAGAGACAAAUAGCAGUUAAGGACGGUGCUCUAAUAGCCUAUUUGGUUGGAAGGAUAUUUUGCUUCUCGUUUUGGUGCAGUAGAACUUUUAAAAAUAUUCAAGAAUAAAAAAGGUAUGUAGUUGCCGUACAAA